CUCUGUCCAUGAGACAGCUGGUGUCUGUUCUCUGACUUCCAGCCUUUAACCACGUGCAUGUCAACCUCUUGAAAUGGGAUGGACUGUGGUCGAUUUGUGCCUUCACAGCAAGGCACGCCGUUUGGUGGGCCUGGGUAUAAAUUCAUGACAGGAACCUUGGAAAUACUGAGUGGAUCUAACAGGCUACUAAUCUUAUUAGAACUAACAAGAAAGUUUCCCUGGACUAGAGACUACUGCAAGAAUCCGGCUUUUGGGUGGAGAAGACGACAAGAACAGGUCUCAGGACCACAAUGAACAUUCAGUCUGCCAUCAACAAAGAGAUCUUCAUCCCUCGCAAUGAGCGGAUGCUGGUGGCAGUGGAGGUGAGGAGGAGGAAACGGAAGAGGAUGUCCUUCCUACCGACUGGAGCCAAAGGAGACUAUGCCACAUUCAUCUGUGUGUCAGUGACCAACACAAGGCCACAUCAGCUACUCAUUACAAAGGUGAAGCAAUUUGGAGGCUCCUCCUCCUUCACCAGGAGGUCCCAGUGGACAGUGGAGCAGCUCCGACAGGUCAACGGCAUCAACCCUAACAAGGACAGCCCAGAAUUUGACCUGGUUUUUGACAAUGCUGUGGACCAGUGGGUGGCCAGCUCAUCAGCAGAGAAGUGUAUCUUUGUCCAGAUCCUGUACCAUGCCUGCCAGACCUACUGGGAGGGCAAAGCAGAGAGUCUGGGAAAGGCUAGAAAGCUGAGCAAGCUGGGCAAACUGGGCAGCCAGAGGAGAGCGAGCCAGGGCGCUCACCGUGAGAUAGGAGCUGGUCCCAGUGAAGCUUCACCAGGCCCUGCAUCCAGAACCCUGCAGGCCCGACGUAAGAGCUACGUUCCUCCCAAACAGGCAGAGUUCAUCAACUGCCAGUCCAAACUCACAGGAGAUGCCUGCACCAUGAAUCUGGUCCUCUACCGUUGCAAAGCUUUCUUGAAUCGAAUGAAGAAUAUGAUUGCGACCCAGAGUCGAUCACCAGGUCGAGGUCAGCCUGAGAAGCGUGCCACAGGCAGCACUAUGGGUAAUGUAGUUCACAGGAUGAAUGUGGCUCUGGGAGAACGAGGAGACAGACUGACUCGUGCUGAGGACAAGACUGUGGAGCUGAUGCACAGAGCUCAGCAGUUUGCAGACACUGCUCACAAGCUGGCUCUGAAGUACUCAAAGUAGAGUCUGUUGGAGGAUGAGGAUGAGUUCUUCAGGAUGUGAAAAAUGAAUCCUUUAACAUGGACACUAACACUGUCUGGUGUGGUUUGGGCCCAGCUGAUGCAGCUAUAUCCUCAUGAAAGGCUGUUUGUGAGGAGACAACUGGAGAAGAGCGACUCUCAAGCUUUGGACUGUCACUAAACUGCUUCUUUUAAAACUGAGUGCAACAGAAAGAAAUAAAUACUCUGUCCUAGUGAUGUUAAUCUUUGGUUUAGCUGUUGGGGACACCUCUGCCCUAUGAUCUGAGGAUCAUCUGCACUGUGUUCAGUUUUAAUGUUUUACCUCUUCUCAGAUGAAUUAAGUAAUUUACAAGAAAAAGAACUACAGACCUUCCUGUGACAGUCGCUGAAUAAUUUUUACCUGCCUCACUUCAGGUAUGAGUGACAGCUGGUACUGCUCGGAGGGAAUGGUGUAUUUUUGGUAGUGUAACUGUGCAGGGUUUGGACUUUGUUGGAUUUAAUUGAACUAAAUGUUUGAUUUGACAUUACUCUGGAAUUUUUUAUCACCACUUGUUGUCUGUUCUGUGUUUCACAUAUGUGUUUGUAUGCAGCUUACAGUACAGUGUACAGUGCAGUGUCCUAUUGUCCAAUCUGUGUUGUCCAUAUCAAUGUGUCCUGAAAAUCAAAUUGUUACUUUAUAUUUCGUCUUCUGUACUUUGUCACCUGGUCUGUCUGUUGUUACUGUGUUUCAGUUUGUGUUGGAGUCUUGUCAUUGAGAGACAAGACUCUUGUCUCUGAGUGAGGGUAGAUCAGGUGGUUCAGGUAAGUCAGAGUAUUUUUAAUUGAGGGGAGUUCCACAAUGAACAGUGCGAGUGAAGAUGUUCUGUGCAGGAAUGUUAGGUUGAAAUGUUGACUUUGUUGUCCUUCAUGUAUAAGACUGAUUUAAACAGUGAGUGGUGUAUUUGAUUCUGGAGGCUUAAUUCAAGUACUUUGGUACAUUGAGAUAAGGGAAUUGAGGAAAUUAAAUCUAACCAAACUUCUCUGUUAUGCUAUGUUUAUCACUGUUGGGUACAAUUUUAAUGUGUAUGAUGAAAAUGUCUCUGAUGUAUUAAUCUUUGACAAUACUCCCACUCCUCUCGUUGACCCAAUUAAAUAAGACUGGACCUGUA